GCGAACGGAACCCGCGGGGCAGGGCGCACGUUUGACCCCGGAAAACCGCCCCUGACGGCCAACGCGCUGGCCACGGCGGGAGUCGCACAGACGCUGGCCCAAGCCGAGCUGCUGCUCGCUGCUCGUGGGACGGACGCCUCCAGCAGGGACGAGUUGCUUCCUGAAGGAUCUGUGUGCAUUGUUCAAAACACAAUCUGAAAAGGGAAGCAGGACGUUAAGAUCUCAAAGGGCAACAGAGACCAAUCCAUCUUUGGGUCCCUCCCUCCAGGGGCUGGUGCUGGCCAGGCAAGUGCUUGAUGUCGCUAGCCAGUGCUUCCUGUCCCCGCACUGGCAAGUCCCCUCCCCAAAGCCUCACACAGGCUGGCAUGGGCAGUGGAGAGGACCUGCUUCUGUGCUCUGAGACGGAAGGGUGUCACAGAGACCUGAGAAACCCACCUGUACUCCAUACCCAGCUGAAGAAAGGCUUGUCUGUUUUUCUGUUGCAACCCCACUCUGAUCCCUGACCUGAGAAGCUCAGGGACUGUCUCCAGAUGUGGGCUGUGCUUGAGCUCUUUGCAAGACCUGGGUCAGUCUGUCCUGGUGGUGCGGAGCGGCUGACACGCCUGCUCUUCCUACCUUAGCAUUGCUGUGGACGCUGUUUGUCGGGUGCGAUGGUAUUCUAAUUGUUGGGUGUGAUGGUAUUCUAAUGCCAGCCACUCAGAGGGCUGCGGUAGGAGGAUCACUUGAGCUCCAAGUUCCUAGAAACACAAGGAAGAUCUUCCCGCCACACAUGUGCCACGGUGCUUAGUAAGUGUUCUUCCUCUAAGGCUUGGAGUCUCUGUUACAUCCCUCGCUCAGAUACUGUGUCUCACAAGUCAGCCUUGGCUGACCUAGAGCUUGCUGUGUAGACCAGGCCAUCUUGGAACUCGGAGAUUUACCUCCCUUCCAUGGACUAAAGUUGAAGGUAUGUGGCACACCAUACCUUGUCACCAUCCCUGGUUUUUAAAAUCAGUAAUAUUUGCUGCUCUUUCUAGGUUCAGGCUUACAAACUCCAGAGCAGGCUGGCCCGGUGCGUCUCUCAGCUUUUUAAAAACCUAGAGAAAGCAUGUCAUGACAUGAAAACUGUGGUUCCUCUUCCUUAUAAAGCUGGGCCAGCAGAGUGGAGUAAAUGUGAUGCCCUGAGGGAGCGCUUCACCUGCUGACAUGCCUACUUGCUCUCUCCUCCGUAGUGUCUGCAGCUAGAUGGCCCACAUCUUCGUGUAUGGCACUCUGAAACGAGGCCAGCCCAACCACAAAGUCAUGCUGGACCCGUCGCAUGGCUCCGCGGUGUUUCAAGGCCGAGGCUGCACAGUUGAGUCCUUCCCGCUGGUGAUUGCUGGUGAGCACAACAUCCCCUGGCUGCUGCACGUGCCAGGCAAGGGCCACUGUGUGGAAGGUGAGAUCUACAAGGUGGAUGAACAGAUGUUGCGAUUCCUGGAUGACUUUGAAGGCUGCCCCAGCAUGUACCAGCGCACAGCCCUGCAGGUGCGGGUGCUUGAGUGGGUGGGUGCCGGUGGCCCUGUGGACAGCCUCCAGUGCUUCGUGUACAGUACAGCCACCUAUGCACCCGAGUGGCUGCAUCUCCCCUACCAUGCAAGCUAUGAUUCCGAGGGCCCACAUGGGCUGCGCUACAACCCCCGGGAAAACAGGUGAGGGGCUCAUGCCCCAGAGGCUAACAGGAUAGAGGGAGCCCAGUGGCUGCCUAGCACAGGCAGAGCUUUCCUGGCCCAUCCUCUUGUCUAUAAGACAUAUUGGCAAAAGAUCUCCGACACAAAUUUUGCAGAUACUCUAAUCUGAUGCUACUUACUAUUGCUUGCUAUUCAAGGAGCUCCUAGGCUUGCAGGUACUAGAUGUGAAACACUCUGGGCCGAAGGCCCCUCAGUGGCAGUGGUACCUGGCACUCCUUUUUUGAUUUGAUUUGCUUUGCUCUAAUCUGAAGAUGGCAUCUUCUGUGACUAAAGACGUGGCUGCAGCUGGAUCUCAGAAGCUGAAUAUAUUGAUUCCCACACACGACAUCUAGAAAGAAUUGGUGAGAAAUGCUGGUUUGGGAUGGUUCAGUGGGAAAAUGUCUUCAAGGAAAGCAUGCUGCCCCUAGACUGUGCACUCCAUCACCCCUUACAGUUUCCAGAUCACACACAACGACUAAAACAGCCACCAAAAUGUAAGUUUGGUGUACUUACUCGGUAGAAGGUGUUUCUCACUCUAAUUCAGUCAGGUCAGGAGUAGUGGCUUGCUGGGAGACAGCUGAGCCCUCAGACUUUAUGUCCUUGAUGGCUGCCCAGCUCUCAGCCGCCAGUGCAUCUCUGCCACCUGAAGGUGCAGCCCUUGGGGGUGGGCCUUUCAGAAGAACCAACACAUUAGUAAUCUGUUCCUCAGGCCUGACAGAGAGCUUUGCUUCCGAAUACAAACAGCACUUAAAAUAAUGUUAGGAAGACACGAAGUACCAAUUACCGUCCACCUCCAUCUGAGAAUCUGUCAGCAUAGAUGCAAGUUGCACAUGAUUCUGCCUCUGCCUCCUAGUAAAAUAGAAAAUGGAUUCCGGGAAUUGCAGAACCGAAUGCAGCUGCUGCCUGAGCGCCCUGGCAUUCCACUAAGAGCUCGCUCUUCAGCAUAAUGGUGGACUGAUCACUAACUGCAGCUGGCACAGAAACACGACUGCUAUUUUUAGCCCUUUUUCUUAAUUAGAAACUUGCUUCACAAAAUAGAAAGGCAAAGGCGGGUAUCAGCUGAUGGGCUGGCAGCCCUGCACACAACAGUGAAAGUGCGGUGAUGGCCUAGCCACUGGGAGCGAGGAAGAGGGACCUGGAUAGCAGGGACCUGGACAGCAUGCUUAUCAUUGGAUCAGCGCGUCUACAGACCCCAAAAUGGUGAUCCAACUCUUCGGACCCAUACAGAAGAGGCUUCCAGACCCUUCAUCUGUGCUACCUGGUCUGAGGAAAUCAUGAAUAACAAGUCCCAGGAAUCCGUCCUGAAUGAUGGAAUAAGGAAGGUAAUCAGAUUAUAAAACUGGAAUUUAUAUAAAUUUUUAAAGGAUCACAAGGAAAUGCUAGUAUUUACAGUCAAUUGGCACAGCCUGUUGCCUCUGUGUAUAUUGUCUUCAUUCAGAAAAAAAGGGCAAACUAAUAUUUAGACAAGUGCUUGGUUUUAUUGAUUUAAUUUUGACACUAGGGAAUCUCAGCAGAAGUACAAAUCAUAUGUACAAGUAUUUAUAUCAAUAAAAAUUUCCAUUGGUGAUUUUUUGGCAGAACGUCAGCGUUGCCUCUUGUGAGGAAUAAAUAUGAUGCUGUAGAACCUGCCGCACAGGAGUGCUCCUGUAAGCGCUUGAACAAACUGAGGGGUUAGAGAAUAAUAGAAAUGCUAAUUAAAGCUGAGAUGACUGAAAGGCUCAGAAUACUUCAUUCCAGCUCCACCAGCAGAUCUCCUUCACCAACUGUGUCUCCAGCUUUGCAAUGCACCGAUUUCACCUUGAAUUAAAAUGGUUAGGGAAGAGUGAGAAACAGAACCAAGAGGACCAGUCAUCCUAAUUUCUUCUGAGCAUUAGUGGCCUUAUGCCCAAAAACUUAGACCAUGUGUUCCUACAGAGGCCCGUGAUUCACUCCUGGUCCUGUUACUCAGCAAUGGAAGCUGUGGGCUGCUCCCAAGCCCCUGAAAUUUCCAGACUGGUGCAUCCCUGCCUCAUCCUAUGGCUUUGAAACUAGGUGUGUUUAGUGUCAUGGUAAAAACCAAACAGCUACACAACAAUCCAAACAGGUGCCAGUCAAAAGGAGAGAUCUCCUAGUCUGACCAUUUCCCUUCUUUUGAAAGAAAUCAAAUCAAUACCCCCACUUCAAUUGAGUGACAUAGAAUGAGGAACUAUGCUUUUUUUCUUCUAAUUUCUCUUGAACGUAAUCCUGUCUUGCUUCUCCAGAUUUGUUUUCAGAUUUUAAAAAAGAGCAGGCUUUUAAAAAAGAGCAGAUUUUAAAAAAGAACAGUGGCUUUGACCUAACUGGCCAUGUUGGCAUUAAGCAAAUAAAAAUGCCAGGAAUCAUCCAGGUUGCUGCACAGGCCUGUCCCUCCACUGUGAGCCUAGGGUAACUAAGAGCAGUGUACAGCUAUGUAAAUAAAGCAGUAUACUCAGAGGCCUUGAAGGACAGAUGCUAUGUGUCUAAUAGUGAGUGGCACCUUGACUGGGCUGUAGGAGAUCUUCAUGCGGCUCUGUUUCCACCCUGAACCUUUUCUCAGAGGAAAAAAUGUGCCCUCCAGGGAAGAAAUACUAGCUCCGGACCUAGCCAGAGCUACUCCUUUAUCUUACCAGGUUCAACUCCAGAGACCCAUGGAAUGAGUGGAUGGGGGGUGGGGCUAAGCUAGCUGGGUCUUGCUAAGGCAGACUUGCCCCACCUACAGCACUCCUUCAAGCAGUUCUGGGCUCGGGAUGAGGUAGCAGCCAGGCUGCUCCUGUAAUACCCCCAAAGCAGCAAGCAAAUAAGACAACCAACGCACUGGGCCCCAUGCUGCCUCAAAAAUUAAUGCCAUGCUGUGUCAGCACCUCACCACGGGCUGGGCCUUUGGCCUGACUACACACCCAUUCUUGGUCCCCAUGACGAGGCUAAGCUCGUAUCAUGACACGAGUGCAGUGUUUGCAAAGAACAAGUAAAAUGAGUUUUACAUGAACCAAAAGCUUAUAUUUUUUGUGUGUCUGUAUUUUUAGGAGCUUAUUAUUUAACUGCCUCCACCUCCUAGAAGAUGAGCCACCACACUUGGUUUAGAAGGGUAAUGAAGACCUCGUAGGUCCAUUCUGUUCUACACUGUCAAAGCCCAGGAAUGAGACUGCUAUCUAUCUUAAUUCUCCCUAGCCUGGGGCCACUGAAUCUGCAGGGGGCCUUGUAACUUUCCCACAAGGAGCAGAUUAGACAGUCUAGGCCACCUUCUCAGAAUCCAACACACUGCCUGUUGGGAUAAGAGACCACAGAACAGACCGAAGCUGAGUGAUGCACACUAGGUUGUAACUGACACCUCUCUCUGAACCCAACGCCCCCAAAGUGUGGCCACGGUGAAGGCCACAGCAUAGGACACAACCAGCCUCUGCUGCUGUCCUCAUCCCCAGUCACGGUCUAUGUAGAUCCUUGGAAACCCGGACAUCCUUUGGGAAGGGGACUUACUCUGAAUGACUGCAUCCCUUUAGUCACAGGAAGAACAGCAAAACCACUGCUUUCAUUUACCAGGGCCUUUCUUCAAGUUGUACUCUUAAUUGUCUGUCUUAGUACUGAUAACCUUUUUAUCUUUCCAUGAAUCAUUAAGCCCUUCACAUGUACAUGGGGCUUCAGCUCCUCCAUCUACAACUGAAUUGUUCCCUUCAAGGGGAAAUUAUCUUGAAGAGUUACAUUAAUUUUUGCACUCUGUAAAACCAUUUCCUGCUGUGUCACCUAAGUCUCACAUAACUAACUGCCUCCGAGACAGAUGUAAACAUUAAAAAUUAAAACCCCUUCAUCUGAAAGACAUUAAUGUGGAGAACAAUUGUGCUUUGACUACCUGAACAUAACACAUAGGCCCCCUUCCUGGAAAGCCACCUCUCCAGGAGGCAGAGACAAACUGGCAGAGUGGAGCUCCCAAGUCCUGAUAUCUGUCCCAGGAAAGGGACAGGUGGCAGAGAUCACCUCUACGUUCUAGUUAAGGAGACCAACCCAUCACAGGCUGGAGUUGGCGGACAUACCUUGCCCAUUUUCCCGGCUGUCAUACUGUUCUGCAUUUUCAUAGCUUCAAUCACACAGAUUUCCUGGCCUUCUGCUACCUGGAAAAUAGAAUGUUCUUUAAAGAUCUAUGUUUGACCUAAUUUUGUAGUAACAUCCAAGAGUGAAGCCAUUAACUUCUUUGUCAGAUGUGCUGAUUGGUCACGGAAACGCCAGUGACUUCUGAUGGCUCCCACCACAGUAGGUACAUCUCAGGAGACAGUAGAGAAAGGCCAUCCACUCUGUUGUCAGGUUCUCACUAGAAAAGCCUGUGCUGGGAGAUCAUGAGUGCAGCAUAUGGGGCCUCCCCCAGGGUCCUAGGAGUCAGCUAGAGAUGCUACAAAACCAGUGCUCCUGCCUCCCUGCCAUGACUGCAACAGGCAGAUACCUAAGGACCAAGGGACUCAUUAGCGUUUGACUGGGUUUGCCGGACAAGGAGUAUGGCUACCAAAGGGUAAAGCGUCCUUUACAGAGUGAUAAAAAGAAAAGUUCUGCAAUUACUGUGGUGAUUUUACAACUAUGCAUAAACAUCACCAGCAACUUGUCUGCUUUAAAGGGAUGAAGCAUACCACAUGGGAAUCAGAAUCCAGUAACCCCUUGCCAAAAGGUCCAUGCUUGCCUUUCUCCUGGGAGCUGAAGAUAACAGCCUAGCGUAAGGGCCGACAGGGCUGCUGUCCACCCACAAGGCAUACAAGUACUAACAUUUCUCCAGCUAUGCCCAGUCCUUAUAAGAUGGCCUUGAGUGCUCCGCAGGUGCUUGUUCAAGCCCCUUGUGGUGCUUGGCUUUCCUCUGCCCAUGAGGGAGAUCCAGGCUGAGCAGGCACAUGCCCACAGGGUUAAUCUGGGACAUCCAUCCAGGAGUCAGCUGUGACUAAAAGCCAUGUUUCUUACUCCUUUCUCCCUGGCCUUAAUGAUUAAGCACCAAGGACCUGGGCCAAGAGGUCUUUUUCUGUUUUGUGGAGAAGGGUCUCUUGCUCUAUGAAGUGGCAGGCCGAAGGCUCCACAGAGCGCUGCAGAGGGUGCUGGCUGGGACUCCUGGACAGCCGCACUAGUGUGACAGUGUUGGCCAAUGCCGCAGAAGGACCCGGGGAAUGUUCUUUCCUGCCAUCCCCAAAUGAUCUCCAAGUCCCCUCCUGGCUCCCUGUGUGGCACAAGCUGUCUUGCUGGCAGUGUGAGCACUGAAGCCCUGUGCAUUCUUUCCUCUGCUGUUCAGGUGGUGGGCUGUGCUUUUCUGGCACGGGAAUAUAGGAAGGAAGGAGAUGCCAAGGCUUUGGUGCUGGCACGGAGGAGAGGCACUGCUGACAAGCAGGCUUAGAGCUCAGUGCUCACUGCCGCUUUUGAUUCAUUUCACCUGGCAUCUGCAGUACAGGCCCAGCACCUCCAAAGGGUUGUUCUUCAGAAAGAGGGGGACAGGAGACAGCAGAGCCAAGAUGACGCAGAUGCCCCGGCCGGAGGUGUCAGAACAGUUACUCCUUCUUGCCAUCAUGUUAGAACCAUUUUUCUCUCCUCAAAGGCAGGUAGGAGGUCAAGAAAGCCAGCAGAAGGGCAGGUGUCACUGAGUCACACAGGAAGGCCUAUGAGCCCAGCCAUGGCCAGAGCAGAACGGACAGCUUAUCCGGCAGCCAGGCUGAAGUGUCCCUGACCCUGGCCUGCAGGUAACAGCACAGAUGGCUCCUUAGAACACGGUGAAAUCCUAUCCAAAAAUUAGAAAUCAAACCUCUACCUCUGGGCUCUGGUCACUGCUUGCUGUCAGAUGGACACGUCUUCACCAUGGGUAUUUAUGUGGUAGCCUUCCACAUACCCACCUGCCCUGGCUUCCUCUGUGAGCAGCUGAGAGCACAAGGGGUUGGCUUAGAGUCUCCUCGCCCAUCCCGUCAGUUUCCCUGUGCCUCACUGUGCUCUGUCGGCAGCUGUGUCACCUGUCACUGCUCAUCUCGUGUCACACUGCUCAAGACCUGCUGUCUGGACAGAGCCGUCCCCUGACCCUUCCUUAACACAAGUGUCCUUACAGUCUUCCUUAAGAAGCCUGGAGGUCUCCAGUGGUCACGUUCAGGAGCCAACACUACUCACAGUGAACAUUAAGGAAUAGUUUCACCGGGUCACAGCUCCCCUCCCACCAGACUGUGCUAGAACAGAAGGAUGUGGGCCAGUUCAGGGUGCCUUGCCACCACAACCGUCCUCCCUGGAUGGCUCUGGAUACUUGCAUGAGUGCAAGGACUAGGUCCCAAAUUAUUCAUCUGGUCAGAAGUGAAGUCUCAAAGCUGACAUACCCUCCACCCUCGCUCCGAUUGCAAAACUGGUCAUUUGAUGAAAAGCAAGCUGCCUUUGCCUGACUCUCGGCCCAGCAACAACUCAUAGAAUUAGACCUGGGCCCUCCAUCUACACCCCCCCCGCCCCGCCCCUGUGUCCUUCCUACAUCCCCUCGCUACUGGUCCCCUUGCGUCAUUUAACUGUGAGCAGAAACCCAUGGUCUUCCACCACUACCUUGCUCUUUCUCCUUUCAGCCAUGUUUAGAGGCCACUUUCUUGAGGUAGCUGUGGGAAAAUGUCCCUUGGUGCCUUACAAGUCAGUGAUAUGUUUGAUCCAACUAGAACAUGAUACACAUGAAUUCAAAAGCAAGUAUAUAAAAAGAGUUAUGCAGACAAGCUUAAUUUCAGCUUAUUUCAUCCCUUGGAAAUGAAUGCAGUUCAAGCACAUGUCAAAAACAAAAUGCAGUCUCCAGGCUGUGACUAUUACUACUCCCAGCCAGGCUCCAGUUCCCACCAAGAGGAAGCCUCCCUGCCUGCGCUGUCCACACCUGCAGAACAUGUAGCACACACACCUGCUGCAGCAACUUCUGGACUGCUUGCAAGCCUUGUAAGCCUGAGCAGAGCCAGCAGUACGCCCCCCCCCAUAACAGUGCCUGUAGCCAGCCCAGCCCUGCAGCAUGGCUGCACACACGCUUCCCUAACACUCUUGUGAGGCAUCUGAUAGACUUACUGCUUGUGACAGGUGUAUCCAGAGUUGGGCUUACUAAAUGGUCACAAGCCUCUCAAGUCUUCCUGAUGAACGCAGUCAGCCUGAUGUGCUUCUCUGCUGUCUAAUUGGUGCAAAGUUUGGAGACCUGAAUUCCAUGCCUUUCAUCCAGCUUAUUGCAUCCUCUCCUCUGACACAGGGUCAAGGUUCACAUUCGAAUCAGAUUCUUACAGCAGCCCUCAUUAAGUGGGAGCUAGGCUUGCCCCAAAAGAGUAAAGCUUGUGAGAGAACUCAGCCCCAUUUACUCAGCAGAUUUUCACAUGUUUAGGGGCCUGAAUGUCACCCAGCAUCACUCUGUGCUGAGCAGUUUCAGACAUCUCCAGCUGAUGAUUAAUUGUGAGUGAUGGGAAAUAAAAUCCAGCGAAGCCAGCUGCUUGCCAUGGUCGGCAAAAUGACUCUAAUGGAGAGAGGCUGCCAAUUUUCCAGUUUUACUGGCAAGUCUUCCAAGUGUAAUUAAGGGAAGUUAUAAAUGAUAUGGAAAUCUAUCAAGUUCCAUUUAUUUUCAGAGGACUCCUUUCCCAGGGGACUUUUAUCUUGAAGCUUAUAGUAUGCUUUGUUGUGCUAAUGAUUUAAGCCACAUCUUGGUUCUGAUUAAAGCCCCCAAUCUCCUUCUACCAAGACCCCUUCACUCUUUCCACAAAGAUUAAAAGGUACAGAACCAUCUCCAGCACAUGCCCCCUUCUCAGAAAACAUGCUCUGACUGGGACCCGCAUGGCAAUGUGUAUCGUUCGAACUGCAAACUGUCAUCACCCUAAAAAAGCUCAAAGAAAAUGCAGGGUGGGCAUGAGAAGGAGGGGGGUUCUCUGCCAAACAUGAAAGGAAGCCCCUCAGAGUGGAGCCUUGAAAGCUGUGCUUGAGAACAGACAUUCACCAGAAGGUGCUGUAGCCCACUAAUGUUAUUUGACUUGGAAUAAAAGCAUGAAAAUGAUGGCAAAGGCCUAAAAUUGAAGACGUAAAGGAUGACUGCACAGGGCUCCAUUUCUCAAUUUCAUCCUUCAGAGCCACAAAAUGGGGGUGAUACAGUGACUGGAUGAGCUUCACAGUAACAGCUGUGGUCUUCCCACACAAGGGAGGCCCUUCUAAUGGGCUGAGGUCUGUUUGCAACAGACGGGGAGGAACAAAACAAGGUUCCCUAUUAAGGGUGCACAGUCAUAUUUCUGAGGGAGAAAAUCAUGGUGGGAGUCAGGUUUCCUUUAAGAUGGGCCCUACCCUCUUUUGUCAUCCAGACCCAAGGCUGUGUUGAAGGUGCGACUGCUUAAAAUACAGGCCAGAGGAUGCAAAUGCCGUCGAGUUUGUGCCUCUCCCCCCCCCCCCCGCCCCAGAAACCCACUCUCUAGCAACUGUAAAGAAUGCAGAGGAAACUGUGCCAGUGGCAUAUGGCUUUCUACUGUGCUGAACAUUCAUACAAAAGACAGGUUCAUCAGUCAUUGGAGUAUCUGGAUAAAAAAUUAGCUCCUGAUGGAUGGUACUUUGAGCUUACCUGCUGCUAGUACAUUACCAGAGAAACACGGGCUUUGAAACCCACAUGACAUUAGAAACUGCAGACCAUGAAACACGACACAUGCAGGAGCACAUAAUGCACGGCAGAUUAUACAAAAUAAUAAAUAAGCUAUUUAAACCCUCUGCCUAAAAUUGGGCCCGCUGCAAGGAACCCCGGGUCACUUCUACGCAGGCCAAUUAAUGCACAGCAUCUGCUGCAUAGAAGCAGGGCACGAAGCACUUCCGAAUGAUUCCGGCAAUUAAAAGAAAACUGUUUCCUGCCUGUUCAGACAGCAACUGUUUCCCUGCAAGAGUGAGCACCAAAUCGGUGCGCAGCUGAAAAAUUCAGGCCCCUUUUGGGGAAGAGCGUGGGGGAUGGGAGGAGGGGGUGAACCUUUGUGGAAAAAGAGCCUUCUUUUGUUGUUCUGUGUUUUCCUGCCAAGUGAGACAGAAGGCUCGGAGGGCUUACGGGCCCACUGCAGUCUCCCCUUCUGCUGUACUGGCCCCCCAAAAACCAGGAUCUAUAUCAACCCACAGGUGAAAAUCCCUCCAUUUCACAUUUAGAGGCUUACCACUUAGAACACAGGUGUAUAACACAUUAAGUCCCUGAGAUCUGAAGUAGGUGGCCUCGAUUUCACUAAAAGGACGGCUAGAAUCUGGUUGUUCCGACUUCCUUUUCCUGAGCUACUAAAUAUGCCCUGAUCUUUCCUGGAAAGGGAAUGUGCGUCUCAUGGAAAGACAAGGAGAUGGGACCCUGGGAGACUGCCCUGUCUGAGCAGGGAUGGGACUGGUUCAGAUUACAGAGAGGAUGGGCAGUGGGCAGAGUGGCUGACCCUCACCUGGAGGCCCUCCAACCCGGCUCAUUCGAUCUGAAGGGGAAAGGGCAGGAAGAGACCACAUGUGUAGCAAGCCCCAGGGCUCUGGGACUCAAGCCUGUGGUGUCUGCAUGGUGUUGCCCUCGGCUGUGCCCUCAGACCCCUUAGAACUGUACAGUGGGAGUGUGUGUGUGUGUGUGGGGUGCUCAGGAAGGAAUCCAGAUCGUGGCCAAUAUAAAUGAAGUCCAGGUUUUGUAAAAAUUCCUUAAAAUGAAGAAAAACAUGCUCCCUACUGCCCUCUAACUUAGCUCAUACUGACAGUCAACGCCUAUAGUUACAAAGAGAAAAAGUUGAAAUUGGCAUGUUUUACAGUCCCUGCAAGAAGCCAAUCAGACGUGCUACCUUUGUGAAUUCAGUAGGCUGUUUUAAAGGACUCAAAAUAAAUGACGACUUCUCUUUCAGCAGUGUGUGUGUGUGUGUAGGUGGGUGAGUGGGUGGGUGUGGUCAAAAGAAAAAAGGUAUCUUGAAUCUUGGUAAGGUUGAGAAUGGUCAUUCUUAAAAAAUACUACAAAGAUAAUAGGCACUCUCAUCCCAGGAAGACCAUUGCCAAGUCUGCACAAGACUUUUAUACAGACUCACCAUUAAAUAUGUUUACCUUAUGCUGAUAAUUUGCAUUACAUUAAAUUAUAAAAAUAUUAAAAAAACCAAAUGUUAGCCACAACAAAAACUAUCCCUAAACAUUAAAAAAAAAGUUAUAUGGGAAAACGAUUGAGAGGCCAAGUUAAGGAGAGUCCUCCUUACCCCUGAAGAAAAUGAGGCAGGAAUUAGAUUGGGGGGGCAGUCACAGGACAACUUCAUGGUCUGUACAUCUCAUUGCUAGUAAAAUCUGAAGCAAAUGCCGUUAAGGCGAGCAGAGAGCACGCAGGUGCUUGGGAGAUGAUCCUCCUAAGGUUCGGUGUGCUUCAUGACUUAGAGGCUUGAAGGUGUUUCUGGUGUGUGAUCCUGUGUCUGUGCUGAGGAAUACAGUCUACAGUUUGGGUGCAAAACUGGCUUCUCCUCAAACUGCUUAAACAGUCACUGCUAUAAAAUAUGUAAAUUAAUUAUUGCCAUCAUUUUCUGAUUGUAAAUCAGGGCAUGCCUAGCUCAUCUGCCAGGGAAAGGCAGUGUGAACGCUGGGCUGCAAGAGGCAUCAGGGCUCAAUUCCAGACACACAGGUAUCUGGAGGCCCAACCUAGCCCUUCUCGUCCAGGGUGACUAAAUGCUUCCGAGUUUUCAAAGCUGGUCCUUUGAGCAGUGUAAAAGAAGUCUCCUGCCAAGUUCUCCUUCCCCAAGGUUAGCUGCAGGCUCAACUACAUGAGCUUUGGAGACCACAGGCGGCUGGGACUGAAGUUCUACCACGGAGCACCUGUGUCUUCUGUCUCCUGGUCCAUGGUCACUCACCUGCCGAGGAGCCCUCCCACAGAGAAGCACGGGGAAGGAAGAGAAGGCUGGUGAAACUGGGUGACAUUAUUACUGCUUUCAUUUUCUGCCCAAGAAAGCAACAGUCCCAAACGCCGAGUGCCAUUCUGCUAAAUGCCAGUCUACGGACCAGGGAGAGCAGCCUCAAGAAUUGGCUGACUUAAAAAUGUGGGCAGGCUUGGGGGGCAAGAAAGCAGAAACGGGCACUUCUGUCACGGUUUUAUCUCUCAAUGUUGCAGACUAAGAUGGAAGACUGUCUGCUGGGUUGUGUCUCCCUAAUUUUCUGAUGCAGCAAGGGUAAUUCUUUCUGAUGCAGAUUUUAGGAGAGUGCUGAAUCUGAAUAUAACUUGAAAGAAUCUUAAUUAAAAGCAAUGCUCAAAAAGUU